CGUGUACACACUGCGCAUGCCCGACAGUUUGUACGCUGAUCCUGCUGGGUGAUCCCAACUUCCGGCGAAAGAGGAGAAGUGUCUUACACGAUUACUGUGACGAGGCCUCACCCGUAGCUCGUCCAACGGGGUUUCGGUUCAGGAGCUAUGGCCCUGUGAUCAACAGCAACUUAGCUCGUCAACUUUUUUGUUUUAAAUAAAAGAAAGGAAUAAACGUCGCUGUGAACGACGCUUUGACUAAACGCCACAACGCCAAAGCCACAGGUUUGAACGUCACCCCCGCGACUGCCAGCUAGUUAGCUAGCUAAAGACGCAGCUAGCUAUUUAGCGAACCCAGCACCUCUAAAUUAGCUCCCGGUGUCCGUUUCAAGAUGUCAACUGCGGGGUUCAACUCUCAGAACGGGACGGGGACGGGGCAGGCAUAUGCGAACGGUCCAUCACAGAAUCCAGUUGCCAUGCAGCAGCUCCCAGGGGUCAACUAUGGUAUGACCCACCAACCAAUCUACAAUCCAAUGCAGUCCAAAGCUCCCGCUCCCCCCGGCCCUGGACUUUACCCCUCUGGGGCAUAUCAGCCUAUUCCCCCCGUCAGCUCCUACCAGCCUGGCCAACCACCCACUUCCUACCCAGCUCCCCUAGGCCAGCCAUUGUUGACCAGGCCUCUAAUGGGUGUUCCUCCAUCACAAACCCCUCCUCAGUCUGCCAGCCCUAGUCCCAGGCCGUCCCUUGCACGGGCCACACCGCCCCCUCCUGCAGCAUCCUCUAGUAGCUACUAUCCAAACCCCCAGCAGCUGCAGCCCAUGGCUCCAUCAUGGCAGUACAACACUGGUCCCCCACCAAUGGGGCCACCAACUUCCACAAGCACGCCUCCCCGAGGGCCUGUGGCAAAUCACGUGAACCCAUCUUCAAGUUCACCAGUGCCACCUUCCCCACUGUCAUCAGUAGCAUACAGCUCAGGCCCCGGGAUGCCCCCUACCACCCUGCAAGGAUACAACCAGCCAGGCAUUGCUCCUCCACAAAUGAAUCCCAUGGCUUCCCACACAUACCAUCCAAGCAGGCCUGCCUAUGGGCCCCCAACUUCAGGACAACCAAUUUCAGGACCCCCACCCACAGGGCCACCACCUACAGGACUCCCCCCUACAGGAGUCCCACCUACAGGCCCACCACCCUCCUUGAAACCGACACCACUUCCCACUGGACCCCCAGUGGCCAAUGUCACACCUACUCCACCCAGAUAUGAUGCUCAGUGUGGGGCGACUUUUAACAGCACUCAGUCCCCCACUGAGCCCGACUGCCAGCAGGGGGAUAUUGAAUGUCCAGGAGCUAUGGCUGGCAAUGGUCCCCAACCAUCAAACAGCUAUAAUCAUGUUGACAACCAAAUGGCUGGUCCUCCCCAGCACGGACCACCUGGUCGGCACUUGGGCCACUACCCCUCCCUCCCCCCUGGGUACCAGAACACACCGGGUCCACACAAAUCCCCCUCCCCCAUGCACCCUGCGAUGCAAAGCGCUACACAGCCUUACACUCAGUCAUCUCAGCAAUACCAGCAGCCACCUGGUGGCCCAGGGCCAGCCCAACUGAGCCCGUCCAUGGCGGCUAUGAGCCUCCAGUCCAGUACCCCAGAGGCACUAAGAGUGGUCAACCUGCUGCAGGAGAGAAACCUGCUGCCACCAAGCCCGACCCCUCCCCCAACCCCCUGCUUGCCCCAGGACCUGCAGAAGAUUAACUGCAACCCAGAGGUUUUCCGUUCUACGCUGACCAGCAUCCCUCAGACACAGUCGUUGCUCAAUAAAGCCAAGAUGCCGCUGGGCUUGCUGCUCCACCCGUUCAAAGACCUCACGCAACUUCCUGUGGUGACUUCCAGCACCAUCGUCAGAUGUAGGUCCUGCAGGACCUACAUUAACCCGUUUGUCACCUUCCUUGACCAGAGGAGGUGGACGUGCAACCUGUGUAAUCGGGUCAAUGAUGUUCCAGAAGAGUUUAUGUACAACCCAGUCAGCAGAUCGUAUGGAGAACCACACAAAAGACCUGAGGUCCAGAACGCCACUAUUGAGUUCAUUGCUCCUUCAGAGUAUAUGCUGAGGCCACCGCAGCCGGCUGUUUACCUCUUUGUUCUGGACGUAUCCCACAAUGCAGUGGAGACAGGCUACCUGAAUGUGUUCUGUCAGUUGCUGCUGGAAAACAUCAACACGCUUCCUGGAGACUCGCGGACGAAGGUAGGCUUCAUCACCUUCGACAGCACCAUCCACUUCUACAAUCUUCAGGAGGGACUUUCUCAGCCUCAGAUGCUCAUCGUGUCUGACAUCGAAGAAAUCUUUUUACCAACACCAGACAGCCUUCUCGUAAACCUCAAUGAAUGCAAAGAACUUGUGCAGGAUCUGCUGAGGAGUCUGCCCAAUUUAUUUCAAAAGACUAUGGAGACUCAAUCUGCUCUGGGAUCAGCUCUGCAAGCAGCCUUCAAGCUGCUGUCCCCCACUGGAGGGCGUAUGUCUGUCUUUCAGACACAACUGCCAAACCUGGGUGUGGGGGCGCUGCAGUCCAGAGAGGACCCCAACCAGCGAGCGUCUGCCAAGGACAUCCAGCAUCUAUCUCCAGCGACAGACUUCUACAAGAAGCUGGCUCUGGACUGCUCCGGCCAGCAGGUGGCUGUUGACCUGUUCCUGCUCAGUUCUCAGUACUGUGAUCUGGCUUCACUUGGCUGUAUUUCGAGAUACUCAGCAGGGAGCGUUUACUAUUACCCUUCAUACCACCACCAGCACAGCCCUGCUCAGGUGGAGCGCUUCCAGAAGGAUCUGAAGAGAUACUUAACCAGGAAGAUCGGCUUUGAGGCCGUCAUGAGGAUACGCUGCACUAAAGGUCUGUCCAUCCACACGUUCCACGGAAACUUCUUUGUGCGCUCGACAGAUCUGUUGUCCCUCCCUAACGUGAACCCGGACGCUGGUUUUGCUGUUCAAAUGUCCAUCGAGGAAAAUCUGGCCGACGUGCAGUCCGUCUCUUUCCAGGCCGCCCUGCUUUACACCUCAAGCAAAGGAGAAAGGAGGAUCCGUGUCCACACCUUGUGUCUCCCUGUGGUCAACUCUCUGUCCGAUGUCUUUUCUGGGGCAGAUGUUGAGGCCAUUACUGGGCUGCUGGCUUGCAUGGCUGUGGAUCGAUCAGUGGCUGCCAGUCUGAGUGACGCCAGAGAUGCGAUGACCAACGCUGCUAUUGACUCGCUGUCGUCCUACCGACAGUCUGUGUUGACCAUCCAGCAGCCCGGCCUGCUGGCCCCGGCCUGCCUCAGACUCUUCCCCCUUUACAUCCUCGCCCUGCUCAAACAGAAAGCCUUCAGGACGGGCACCAGCACCCGACUGGAUGACCGAGUGUUUGCCAUGUGUCAACUGAAGUACCAGCCACUGGUCUACGCCAUGCUGAUGAUCCAUCCAUCUCUGUACCGCAUCGACGACCUGAACGAUGAGGGAGCUUUGAACAUCAACGAGCGGACCAUCCCUCAGCCCAGAGUGCAGCAGCUGUCUGUGGAGAAGCUCAGCAGGGAAGGAGCUUUCCUCAUGGAUGCUGGAUUAGUGAUUUAUCUGUGGAUCGGACGGAACUGCCACCCCAACUUCCUCUCACAAGUCCUGGGAGUUCCCAGCUAUGCUGCCGUGCCUGAAAACUUGUAUACGCUCCCAGAACUGGACACUGCAGAGUCGCAGAGAACCAGGGCUUUCAUUGGUUGGCUGAGGGAUCAGAGGCCGUUCUUCCCCUCUGUGCAUGUCAUCAGGGACGAGAGCCCGUUGAAAGCCAGCUUUAUGCAGAACAUGAUCGAGGACCGAACAGAGUCGGCCCUGUCAUACUACGAGUUCCUGCUUCACAUCCAACAGCAAAUCUCCAAAUAAUCUUCAGUGGGACUGUGGAGAUGAAGGAACACUGAAGCAAGGAUACCAAUCAGUGGAUGUGUGCGCGUAUAUAUGUAUGUAGUGUGUGUGUGUGUGCGUGUGUGUGUUGCUGACUCGAGGAUGCCUCUUGCUCCAUUUCCAGCUGUGGUCCACCAUCUCUCUGAGGGAAAAACCUUCUGUGCUGAACUGAAGUGAAUCGUCACUCAAAUCAAACAAUCUGACGAACAAUGCAAAGACAGUGGGACAAAGAAACAUGUUUGAUGCUUUUUUGGCACUUUUUACCCAGCUGAAGAGAUGCAGCGGAAGAAAAAUAAGCAAGAAAUCCAUGCCGAUGAUACUUAUGUUUGUUUGUCAGUGAUCGAGAGGAUCAGUGUUUAUUCUCAUAGAACAAUGCUGUCUGACUAAGGCAGCCCUUGGGUAGUUGCAGGAACGGGAUGGUGUCAUGUGUUUUUGUUCCAAAAGCACACUCGUCUUUACCAAAACAAAUCAGCGGUUAUGUAUGUGUCUGCUUCAGGUUUCUUAGGAGGGUUUGUAUGUCUGCGCUUGAAGACUGUUAUUGGGUGUCACCUGGAGACUUUGCAUAUAGAAAACCUGAGCUCUAACAACACUCUAAUAUCGUACCGCAAAGACAGAAGGUGAGCUUUUGAUUUCUCAGUCAUUAUAAGUGUGUCGAACAAACGUGUAGACGCUGUCGGUAACAUGCUGAACUGUUUCGAGCCGGAUGGAGCUCUCUGUCACUGCUGCCUUGAAUGUGUGGACUCAGUAGUGAAAAGCAGUUUUCAUUGGUCUGAUCUGGCAUCUUCUCCCUCCCUGUACAGGCAGAACACCUCUGAUGACAUCUUUGUUCAUUUGUUUAGUUCUUUUUUUCCGAUUGUUUAAUUUAUGAUACUCCCUAACUGAUUAAAUUCUAUAAUUGCCUUGUAUGGGAACUCAGUUUUAUUAUAGAACCUCUGUUUAAAUACAGACUCUACAUAUGGAAUAUUUUAAUAUAAUAGGAUAUGGGAAAUUCUUUAACACAGACAUAACAAAGCCAUUGUUUUAACCAUGCUUAUUGAUACUUGUAUAUGAAGAGACUGCAUUAUAUAAAAGUGACAAAAUGCUGAUGAUUUUAGUAUAAAUAUCAUGGUGAAAUGACGCUAAGAAAAUAAAAUGUUUGGCACUUUUUAAAUGUAGUUUGUGUGUUGGUGGCUGAAAAGUGGACGAAAAACCACAAUAUGGACCAAUAUUGUCAAUAUUUCUCUUGACUGCGGUUGAAGUGAAGGUUUUUGAUUUGGUCUGAUUUCAUAUACGGUUUGUAAUCUAUGUAUUAUAUAAGCAGAAAUGUAUUUAGGAGCAAAGAGAUAUGUUUUGGUCUUCAUGCACAAAUUGUCUUUCAUAAAAAAACUGAUCAAAAUAAAA